ACCCCACAAUGGUCACUGAAAUAACUUGAAACUGUCAAAAGCAAUAAUAAAAAUGUACUUAAAAUGAAGCUUUGAAAAUCAAACAUUGCUUUUGAUUUUUUGGUUCAAGCUAAUAAUUUAAAAACCACACUAUUGAAACAGGCCUGGACACAAAUGAUGGUACCUGGAACUUAAUAUUUUGUUGCUCAACCUGUUAAUUCAGUCAGAUCAUUUUAACAUUUGUUUCUCUGAUUUGAUGUUUUUAAGUUUUUUUAACCUCCAUCCAUCCAAUGACAGAUAAACUAGAGAAUAAGUGGAAGUUGGCCUAGAAGAUUCACACACACUUUGUUUAUGAAAAAUCUGUUCUUUAUGUUAAAAGUUAAAUAUUUUAUGCAAAAUAAGUUUUUUUAUGCAGUGCCAUCAGCUUAAGUUUAAAAAUAAAUACAUGACAUGAAUAAGUUUAGUUGUUUGGCAUGUUUAUGUAGUAAUAAGCCUAGAUUAUUGUAAAACUCUGAGGAGUUCCCGUUUUGUGGUUCUGCGACUGUCUGGUUGUCUUUGCAUCACACCAGAACUGGUCGGUGUGUCGGCCCUGACAUCAGACGGUCAGUUCAGUUCUUCUCCCACAGCAGUCAAGACGGUCAAAUCAUAAUCUGUUCAAGUCUGCACAAAUACCAAACGUAACGACAAAAGAUAAAACCAAUAGAUGUUCUGAAACGUGUUAAAGUUGAUGAACUUCUUCUUUAUGGUCAUAUCUUAUCAUGAUCCGUUUCAUUGCUCACUCUUUCAGUCUCACUCAGGUUCCCCUUUUCACUCACACCAUCUUGAGUCACAUCCUGACCCCAACCUUACUGAUUAAGACAUUAGAAACAUUUCCAACAGAAUAAUUACCAAUUAUUACUACUGACACAAUUAUCAAAACUAUAACUUCUAAUGUUUAGAUACAGAACAAAACGGAUUAAAGCAAAACUAAAAGACAAAACACACAAGAACAACCUCAUUAAUUGUCGAUGCACAGAACCGCAGUUUCUAUUAAAUGUAGCAGAGUUUUCCAGAACAGUCUGAACAACACAGAUCAGGCCUCUGGUUCUAAAGCCGAUACGCAUCUAUCUGACGUACUGAGCUGAGUCCGUACGACCCGGUCGCAUUCAUCCGACCUGAACAUUGAUCCUCAACAUUCAACAAAUGCAUCCUGAUUCGUGCAAACGGAAAGAAAAACGACAACCAGGGCGGACUGUAACAAGGAUUAAGUUAAUUUGCUGCCUGCAGUCGGACAGCAACUUCAAAAUCCUAAGAUAUGCUGCAUCCUUAGCAUCCAUGUUUACUUCACACUGAGCACUUCUUCUUCUUCUACUUCUUUAUUUUAUGUCGGUUGGCAAAACACUGAGCAUGCUCUUGUGUAACGUUCCUGCGCCCUGUACUGUGCAUUCAGAUCACAUCCAGGUCGCAUAUAUUUGGAAACAACUCAAAAACAAAUUGGAUUUUAUAAAAAAUCACAAUUGAGCAUUAAAACCUGCAGUGUGAACGUAACCACAGUUCUUCUUAUUUAUCUUUUGUUUUUACUUAAUAGUUUAGUUGAACUUUACUAGCCUAGUUAGAGUUUAUUUACAAAAGUAUUUCAACUGGAAGUUAAGGGUUGUUAUUUUUAAAAAAUAAAUUAUUGUAUUUUGAAGAUAAGUUGUUUAUUCAAUACUUUUGUGCAGCAAAAUGACAUAAAACACUAAAAACACAAAUUUAAACCUUUAACUGUGUGACAAACAUUUUAGUUUUAUACGUUUUGUAUCAGAUCCUAUUUAUUUAUCUCAUCUAUCUGCAGCUUUAAAUCAAAUGUUUUGGAAACAUUAUAAUGUUUAGGUGUGAAAUAAUUUGUAAAUGAGCAUUAAGACACAGUGAUGCUGUCAGGCUGCUUAGUUAUAAAUAAAUGAGGCUGCAGCUGAAAGCAGAAGCAGGAAACAUUUUCAUUAGAACAGGAACAACGUUAAAGAAGUUAAACUUGAUAAAAGAAAGAAGAACCGUUGGAGUCUCAACAUGAUCAUCGCCUGGUUCUGCCUCGUCUGCCUCUCUCUGCACAUCACCAACAGCAGAACCGCUGAUCCUGUGACGCGUUUUUAUGGAGUUCCUGGAGGAGAAAUCAACAUUGAAUGUUCCUUUCCUUCAUCUGGAGAAUGGAAGAUCUUCUGCAGGAAAAACUGUAAAAAAAAAAACAUUCUCAUUGAAACACGUAAAACAUCAGAUGAAAAUGGACGAUACAGGAUUGAAUCUGAUGGGAACAAUCAAUAUGAUUUUGUUGUGAGCAUCUCGGCGCUGACCCAGUCCGACUCAGGAUGGUACCGAUGUGGAUUGAGGACAUUUUCAUCCAGAUAUUCAUACCAGGACUUUGAACUGGUUGUUGCUGAAGCUGUGUUGGAUGGAAACGACGUUCCUGACCUUUUUAAAGAAGCUGGCAGCUCAGUGACAGUCGCCUGUUCCUUUAAAGACUCUGGGAGAAAACGACGGUUCUGCAGAGGAAAAUGUGAAAAAGUUCUUGUUGAGACUGAUGGAGUCAGAGCUAAAAGAGGCAGAUACAGCAUUGAAACCUCAGGAGAAGUUCUGUAUGUGAGCAUCUCAGCGCUGACCCAGUCUGACUCAGGAUGGUACCGAUGUUACCUGGACAUGGCGUUUGGCCGAGAUCCAUACAGAGACUUUUAUCUCAAAGUUACAGACGCAGUCAAACUGACAACAACAACAGCAACAACCAGGAGUUUCAGCUCCAGUUCAGCAAAUUUCACUUCUACAACAACCAGGAGUUUCAGCUCCAGUUCAUCAAGUUUCACAUCUUCAGGUUCCUCUGCACCCACCGACCGUUCAGCUCUGAGUGAUGGCAAUAAAUCAUCUCCAGACGUUCUGAUGAUUGUGGGUCUGGCUCUGGCCUUCAUCAUCAUCAUCUUAACUGUGGCUCUGCUGGUUUUCUGCAGAAACCGAUCACAGAAGCAUGGCAAAGAUCCUGCUGUGAAAACAAAGAAAACUCCUGCUGUUGAGACUAACAGAGUUUAUGAAGAAGUCAGAGGAGAUGAGAUGAAAUCUGUUCCAGUGGAAAUCUCCACAGUUUACAGCUACGCCUCCUACAGUAAACCAGCUGCAGCUGAUGGCGUCUACAGCCUGGCGACGGCAGCUCUUCCUCUGGACAAGGCUGAAGAUGAUUUGACUAGACCAACCUACGCCCAGGUGAGCUUCUCCAGCAGAAGCUCGGACUAUCCGCUGAGACCUUCAGACGACGUGGUUUACUCUGUUCCUCGGGUUGCUGUUGGCAGCCAUGUUGCAGAAGAGUCUCUGUACUCCAAUACGGCGUAACUUCAGGAGCGCAGAGAGAAACCGGCUUUAGUCUGGUCCAAGCUGAAACGGGCAGAUUAUCCACUUUAACUUCUUUUUAUCCAUUUAUUAUUGUUAUUUGUUAUUAUAUUGAAUUUAAAUGUAACCUUUGAUCUUUCAAGUCGACUUUCUUUCUGAUUCAUUCAGAUCAAAACAACUUCUGGUUUUGUCAGAGAUCGUCUUUGCCUGAUGGGCGGAUGAUCAAGUCUCUGCUCUGUAAAAAUGUCUGUUAUUUUUCUGGUUUUGUUACAAACUUCUGGUUAAUAAAUUAUUUCCACAGUUACCAACCUGCCUCUUGUCAUAUUUUAAAGGUUCUUUUUGACUCUAUUAAUAAACAGAAAACUGCUUCAGGGCCGAACAUAAAUGGUGUAACUCUAAGACUGCGUAGCCAUCGCAUGCAAAUAAAAACAUGAACAAUGCUCCAGCUUCAUUUGCAACAGUUGACAGUUAAUAGGGUUCAGAAGUUAAUCAGACUGUAAUAAGUGCAGUGCACUGCAUGCUCUGCUCUGAUCAGGUC